AUGUUGCAUGAGCCCUCUCUCUACAUGAAGGUAUCCAUGAUACCUAGUGGAUUUCUCACUCUUCCGGAGCACUUCUUUUGCGCCGACCAACAAGACAAGACCGUCCGGAAUCUUGUCCCCUCCAUGUCGUUCCUCUUGCAGCAUCCUAGAUCCGGGAUGAAGAUUCUCUUUGAUCUUGGGCUGCGUAGAAACCUGGAUGACUAUCCUCAUAACAUUCACCCGCAUCUGAAAACUCGUCAACCGAUCCAUACAGUCCCCGACGUUCGAGAAUCUCUGCUCCAAGGCGGCUUGGACUCCCGAGACAUCGACGUGGCCAUUCUCAGCCACGUACAUUAUGACCAUGUUGGAACACCACGAGACUUCACGCGGGCUACUUUCAUCGUGGGAUAUGGUACUAACGAUCUCCUGCUGCAUGGGAUGAAUUAUCACUCUGCGGCACAUUUCGAGAAGGACCUGCUUCCCCCCCUACGCACAGUAGAAUUACCCAAUCCAUCGGAUAUGCCAGCAUAUACGGGUGCCGUGGCACACUCAUUACCGCCCAUGCUCGGUCUAGAUCGAGUAGUACCGGAGGUAUCACAUAGCUGGAAGCCCCUGCCACCAUUUGACAACGCAAUUGACGUUUUUGGCGACGGGCUGCUAUAUAUUGUUGAUAGUCCCGGCCAUCUGCAAGGUCAUCUGAAUGUGUUGGCCAGGGUUGCAGAGGCACGAUGGGUUUAUCUCGCUGGCGAUGCAUGUCAUCACUCGAGGAUCCUGGACGGGUCCACUGAUAUAGCUACGUGGGAAGAAAAUGGCAUGGUUGUUUGCAUUCAUGCGGACAAAGAAUUGGCAGCUGAUACGGUCGCGAGGAUUAGAAGUUUGAGAGAAGAGGGCUUCAGAGGGGGGAAGGUGGAAGUGGUGCUGGCCCAUGAUGCUAAGUGGUAUGAGGAACAUCAGUAUAGUAUCUGGCCGAGUCACAUCUAG